CUAAUUUCAACCCCAGCACACCAAAAGUCAGCGUCUCUCUCCCCAUCUACUUCUCCCUCUCCCUCUUCUUCUUCUUCUUCUUAUUCUUUCUUCUCAUUCUCUUAAGCUUCCUUAUCUCUAAACUGAAAGUGAUUUCAGUUGUCUUAUAUUUCUCUUUAGAGUUGGAGGUUGUAUAAAUUUAUUUUAUUAUUUUUAUUAUUAUUUUUUUAUUCUUGGUUUGAUGGGUAAUGGGAUUGGGAAACUCACUGUCUGUUUCACGGGAGCCGGAGAAGCUCGCCGGAGACAGGAUAUAUCGAUGUUUAUAUCAGACCCUUUUGACGAGGGCCUCGGUCACUCCUUCUGCUACGUCCGGCCAGACCCUAUACGGCUUUCCUGCUCCAAAGUCCAUUCCGAGGAAACGAAUACCUUCCGCACUAUCUCCGGCGCCUCCGUGAGUGCUAACACAUCGACGCCGCUAUCAACGGCAUUUGUAGAUCCUUAUGUGUAUAAUUCUAUGGACAGAGCUGCGGCUUUUGAGAGCUCAACUUCUUUUGCUUCAAUUCCUCUGCAACCAAUCCCGAGAAAUCUCAUCGGUUCCAUCAAUUCGGGUCCUUUGACAGGGAUGACGGGUCUUAUUCCGGGUUCGGGUCCACUGGAGAGGGGAUUCAUGUCGGGUCCAAUUGAGAGGGGAUUUAUGUCGGGUCCGUUGGAUCGUGGGUUGUUCUCGGGUCCUCUUGAGAGAGGCGGUUCUGAUCAGUUUCAGAGGAGCUUCUCUCAUGCGAGUUUCCCUUUCAAACCCAGAUCGGCAAAGAGGAAACUGAUUCGAGUUCUUCAAAGAGCCAUAUCCAAAACCUUAUCUCGUGGGCAGAACUCGAUGGUGACUCCGAUCAAAGGCGUUAUUAGAGAGCCAGAUUGGAUUCUGAAUCCAGAGAAGCAGCACAAUGAGAAUUUGACUGUGAGUAGCAUUAAUUUGAGUAAUGAUGGUAGUUUAGAGGAUGAUGAUUCUUUUGAGAGCCAAACUCUUCAAUGGGCACAAGGGAGAGCAGGGGAGGAUCGUGUACAUGUUGUUGUUUCAGAGGAACACGAAUGGGUUUUUGUUGGGAUUUAUGACGGAUUCAAUGGCCCAGAUGCGACUGAUUAUCUUUCCUCCAAUCUCUACUCUGCUGUUCAUAAGGAGCUCAAGGGAUUGUUGUGGGAUGAUAAGUUUGAGUCUGCUACAAUCUCUGCCCCUGCUUCCUCCCCUGUUGGAUCACAAGGUACUAAUUCAACUUUAGAAACUGUGUUGCAAAGUAGUCAAAGAAAUGAUGAGUGUUCGCGGUGCUUGGACCAAGAGAAUCAUCCAUGUACUAGUCAUAAUGCAAGUUUUGAUUCCAAUUCCAAUAGAAAAAGGAAGUCCAGAGGCAAGUAUAAAGGUGCUGCAAAGAAAUGGGAGGAGAAUCAGAUGAGAUGGAAGUGUGAAUGGGAUAGAGAAAGAAUAGAGCUUGAUGAGAGAUUAAAGAAGCAAUUGAAUCGAUCUGGGUCUGACAAUGGAGCUAUAAAUCAUGCAGGAGUGUUAAAGGCUCUGUCCCAGGCUUUGAAGAAAACAGAGGAGGCAUAUUUGGAUAUUGCUGAUAAGAUGCUAAUGGAGAAUCCAGAGUUGGCUUUGAUGGGUUCGUGUGUGCUUGUGAUGUUAAUGAAGGGAGAAGAUGUGUAUGUGAUGAAUGUGGGUGACAGUCGAGCAGUAUUAGCUCAAAAAGCCGAUCCUGAUUACAGGCUGGGUAAGAGCAGGCAGGACUUGGAGAGAAUAAAUGAGGAAACAUUAUAUGAUCUUGAAACUUAUGAAUGUGAAAGAACUAAUUCAAUAUCCACUUUGACUGCCUUUCAGCUUAGUGUUGAUCAUAGCACCAAUUUGGAAGAGGAAGUUCAAAGGAUAAAAUCAGAGCAUCUUGAUGAUGCUUGUGCUGUGGUGAACCAGCGUGUGAAAGGUUCUUUGAAAGUUACUAGAGCUUUUGGUGCAGGUUUUCUCAAGCAGCCCAAAUGGAACAAUGCAAUUCUGGAGACAUUCAGAAUAGAUUACAUUGGCAAUUCCCCAUACAUAAAUUGUUUACCAUAUCUCUGCCACCAUAGACUAGGCCCAAAAGACAGAUUUCUGAUACUUUCCUCUGACGGGCUUUAUCAAUACUUUACAAACGAAGAAGCUAUCAACGAAGUCGAACUUUUCAUAGCAUUGCAACCUGAAGGGGAUCCAGCACAGCAUCUGAUUGAGGAAGUUCUCUUCCGUGCAGCAAACAAAGCUGGUAUGGAUUUUUAUGAGUUGCUUGAAAUACCACAGGGUGAUCGACGGCGAUAUCACGAUGAUAUUUCCAUAAUCGUUAUUUCUUUAGAGGGGAGGAUAUGGAGAUCAUGUGUAUAAGUAGUUUAAACCACAGAUAGAAGAUAUAGAGCUCUCCCCCCACAAAAAAAAGGUCAGGCAUUUCCUUUUUGCCAUUUUCUUUUUUCCUGGUCACCUCUGCAACAACAACUAAGCUCCUGGAAAUAUGAGCAUCUGAGAAACUUCAGCAAUGUAGUGGGCGAUGAGGAGUGUAAAGUUUUAAAAAAGCAGCUUUUUGUUGAUUAUAAACUGUGAUAGAAAAUUAUUGUAAUUCUAAAUUAAUAAAUGGCCUUCCUUUUGAAAAGGGUUUUGUUCCA